AUGUUAGAAGGCACCAAGAUUAACACGACAUCGCAAAUGUCGAGUAUAUUCGACAUUGCAAAAGACACAGUUCUGUUCUUGUUUUUAUCUUGCUACUACAUCUUGGAAUCUUUAUUUUGGACGCUGGUCCCUAAUAUAUUAAGGCCGAUGAAAAGUUUAAAAGAUGAUAUUGUACUGGUGACUGGAGGCGCGGGAGGAGUCGGCAAACAGUUGGCCAUCAAGCUUGCAAGGCUUGGAGCAAAAGUUGUUUUAUGGGACAUUAAUAAAGAAGCUCUGGACCAAAUAUGUAGUGCAAUCAAAGAUGAGGGCUACGAAGUAGCUAGCUACGUGGUCGAUCUGGCAGACCGGGACUCUGUAUACAAAACCGCAGAAAGAGUUAAAGCAGAGAUUGGAAAAGUGGAUGUUUUAAUUAACAACGCGGGUAUUGUCUUCGGUGAAACUUUACUGGAAUUGAACGAUAACGCUAUUGAAACCACGUACAAAGUCAACAUCCUAUCACAUUACUGGACCGUAAAAGCUUUUCUACCAGACAUGAUCAACUCGAGCAAAGGGCAUAUUGUGACCGUAGGAUCCGUAGCUGGACUUCUUGGCACAUACCGUUGUACUGACUAUAGCGCUACGAAAUUUGCUACUGUCGGGUUUCAUGAAAGUCUCUUCACUGAGUUACGGGCUCAUGGGCAUAACGCUAUUCACGCGACGCUAGUCUGCCCCUACUACAUCAACACAGGCAUGUUCGACGGAGUGACACCAAGACUCAUGCCAAUGUUAGAACCGGACUACGUGGCGGAAACCAUGAUUGAUUCUAUACGCAAGAACGAGGUCAACUGUGUUAUGCCGGGUUCAGUCAGAUAUUUGUUGCCUCUGAAAUGCUUACUUCCAGCAAAAAUGUGUUGGGAUCUAAUGCAUCGCGUCAUGAAGGGGCCCCAAUCAAUGAUGGAGUUGAAAAGGAAACCAAAAGUAGCGUGAUAAAAUAAUAAGAAAAUAAAUAGAAAACGCUUAACGUAGCUGUUUAGAAGACUGAACGAUCUUGUGGUGAAUAAAAUUAAAUGGAAAAUAAUAUAUGUACAUACUCAUA